UCCGGCGUUUCCGCUUCCUGGAGUUCCGCUUCCUGGAGUUCCGUUUUGACUGAGACGAUGGUGAGACGCUCGCGCGUGCUUAGGAGCUGGCGCUAAUCUGAGUAGCUCGCUCUAGCCCAUGGUGUAAGAUCAUUCCCCAUGCUCUAGCCCCUCCACCAAGCGUCAUUCGUGUUCAUCUGCGGGCUUGUGUGUACGCUGAGCCCGCGCGCUUUGCCUGUCGUCCCUUUUCGCUGACAAAGCGCGGAAAGCCAUGGACCGGGGCUGCAUCAUCGGCUGCUGCAUGUGUCCGGGAUGUCGGAAAUCGCCCGUCCCGGCGCCUCCCCGCGAUAACGACCGGGAAAUUAUCACCUGUCCGGAACAAAUCGAGGAGAAUCCCGCGCCGGCCAAUUUCACUACGCUUUGCGAGGACCACUUCACUGUGAAUCAGUGUGAGCCACUGACAUUGCACAACUGUGAUGCCAAAUGCACCGCCACCCCCUCAGUCUUCCGCCACAUGGCUCGAGAGCAAGGUGCGAAGCAAGGCAUUGAGAAUGUCUCAUCUAAAAAGGAAAACAUUCCGAUGCAAGGUAUGUUAUCAAAGCAAGUUGUAACGCAGCUGCCUAUAGGUGACAAUCAUUUAUGAGCUUCAAAUUUUACUGCUGAUUCAUGUGAUACCCUCAAAUUGCA